UGUUUCUUCCAGGUAGACGUCUCAUUAGUUCAUCAUUAUUGCUGAUGAGACAAAAUGAUGACCCUUUUCAUCGAAUAACGCUUCAUACGACGACGUAGCAGUUCCCUUAAAAAAAGGAUAAGAAACUUUCACAUUCAAAUUCCACGCACAAUACGCACCAACCUCUCCACGCCGGUAGAGCAAACGCAUUCGACAAUCGCGAUGCGUUCCGAUCUGUCCGACGACAAGCACAGCGUGCAGUUGGCUGCGGCAGAAAUAGCCGAAUCGUCCGACACCAGCGGAUUCUACGAGCUGGCCUCGAACGGUUCCACCAACGGUAUCAUCAGCGGCACUGGACACCAUUCCCAUCAUCAUCAUUCGCAGCAGCAGCAGCAGCAGCAGCAACAUCAUUCGCCGCACCAACCACAUCACCAUCAUCACCAUCACAGUGGCCAUGCCCAACAGCAUCAUCACCAACCUCAUCAUCACCAGCAUGAGCUGCAGCAGGACAAGAACGCUAACCUGCUGUCGGUCGACUCCCUUACGACACAUUCGACCGGCGGUGCAACGCUGAGGGCAACAUCACGACCGAAAAGGGCCACCAGACGGAUGCAAAUGGAAGCUACCAUCGAUCCGGACAUGACGGAUUCCAGCUCGCAGAGUGACGACACGAGCUGCGGUAGUAGCCGCACGGGCAGCCGGGGCAGUAACGGCGGUGGCCGUUCGGGCCAGGGCGCCGCCGGCAAUGGUAACAGCAGCAGCAGCAGUGCGGCCCGCCGUCGCAAGGGCGCCAUGAACGCAAAGGAACGCAACCUGCGACGGCUCGAGUCGAACGAACGCGAGCGAAUGCGAAUGCACAGCUUAAACGAUGCGUUUCAGUCCCUGCGGGAAGUCAUACCGCAUGUGAAAAAGGAGCGCCGGCUGUCAAAGAUCGAGACGCUUACGCUGGCGAAGAACUACAUCACCGCGCUAACCGACGUCAUUAUCGUGAUGCGGGGCGAAGGCGAAGCGGCCGCUGCCGCCAAUGCUGGCCUUCCGCUGGCAGGUAGCAGCAGCAGCAGCACGUUACCGCUAACCGAUGCUGGCACACUCGCCCUGCAGAACAACUGUCUUGCAGCAAUCCCGACCAAAGCGCAGCAACCGGAAGUCGUGGGUCCGUGUCAUGCAGCCGAUGUGGAUCCGAUUACCACCUCGCUCGACCUUAUCUCCGCGUCCGUCGGCACGGCGCUCGACUGCCACGAGCGCGUCCUGCAGCAUCAUCACCUGUCGCUAGUGCCGCAUCAUCCUCAUCACCAUCAUCAUCAGCAGGUGCAGGACGGUGCAGGCAGUGGCGGUGGCGGUGGCGGUGGUAGCAAUAGUAGCAGCAACAGCAGCACCAGCACAACAAGCAAUGGCAGUCGCAGUAACGCGAGUGUAACGCCAAAUCCACCAACCAACUCCACCGGUAGCAUCGUGGAUGUGUCCGCCGUGACGGGAACGAAUGGGCACCAUCCGCACCAUCACCAUCACCACCAGCAGCAGCAGCAGCAACAGCAGCACGGUAGCAUAAACAACAAUCACCUUAAUACCCACCAUUUCAAUAACAAUAGCGCUAGCAGUAUAGAUAUCGAAAACAGCUUCUACGAGGAUCCAUUUCAGAUGAUGUAAUCCCUCAUUCUUGACUCGAACUGUACACCGCUCCCAAGAGGGGGGCAUCCCAUACACCCAUGCUGCUACACACACACACACUGAUAAAUUCUACCUGAAUGCAAAGGAAAAGAACGAAUCAGCGUGAAGGACAUUACCCACCUACCCGAUAGUCCGCCAUAUUGGUGAAUUGUUUUGUGGCAGCUGGUUUCUUUUUUUUUAACUUUCGGAGUUUCUCGAGCGAACCGCCAAUGUGGAAAGAGUGUUGAUUUAAGGUUCUUUCUGCCGCGAAAAGAAAUUGAUUUCUUUCUGCCGCGAGAUGUGUGCCUCCUGAAAAAUGGAGUAGCUAUAUUGAGUUAGUUUUCGUAAACUUCCCAGUUAAUUCAGUCCUUACCCCAGUACUGUUUGCUAGAAUUGCGUGCAGGUCACUGUUACUUGACAGCUCAUGUCAACAUCCAACAAAAAAGCCAUGGCCUACUUUAGUACCUUCAUUGAACCUCCCAACUUCAGCAAUCUCUUGCUUCUUGUGUUGUGGUCUUAUGCUCCAACAAUUCUACAGUAUAUUUUAAAAAUUAGAACAACACAAAAGGGUGAGUGUGAGUCUACAGCCAACAUAUUUGUGUUGUGUUUUCCCAUUACUUUGUAACUCCAGCUCCGGCCGUGUGCUACUUUUUUAUUUGAAUUUAUACGCUUCCGUUCCCAAGCCCGGGUCCGGGAUUGGUUCUUAAAAUCUCUCGGCUUGUAUCUGAUGCACGUUUCCACUUUCCAAGGGAUCCGCGCUCGUUGUCCACGAACCUUCGUUCUUCCGACAAACGUUCCUCCGCAACCUACGCGCACGCCUGGUCACCUGGCCACUAUUGGUUUCAAUGUAGGCCACCGUGUCUUGGGCAAUUUUAAGCGCACCAGCCUUCUACGAUCCUGUGUGUCUGUGUUUCGUUUGCAGAACGUGGACACAUUCAAGUGUAACCCGCACCCGGCGAAUACAGUUUGUCCAAUCGGUGUGCGCGAUGUCUUCUUCUUCUGCUUGAGGGGAUAGUUGUUUUUUUUUCUUUUUUCACCUCAGUUUUGUCCGUUGUUGGUGAUUUAUUAUUAUUCCACGUGCGGGCUGAAAUUCUACUCUACUGGCAACGCCUUCCCUGCCUCAGCCAGCCAGCCAGCCCGUGGGUCAGCAACCAGUGGGUGGUCGUCCUUGAGUUCUGUUACAACGGCCUGGAACUGCUGGAAAAUGGGACAAGGGGAUGUUGUGUGGUGAAGGGAAGAUUCUUUUCAUUUUCCCUCAUAUAAAGAAAGUCCUGUGUGUGGGAUGAUGAUGGUAUGGAAAAUGGAAUCGGAUGAGGCAAAUAAUGCACGUGUUAUGUUUCAACGGAGAGAGAGAGAGGGGCAAGGUAGAGCAUUUUAGUGUUCCAGAUUGCUUCUAAUCUUUGCAUGCAUAUUCGGGGAAAAACUGUGCUGCCCAUUCUUAUUGUUUGCUUAUGUAGAGUGGUAGAAAAAUACAUCACUAGCAGCAGUUGUAGGAUAAAGACAGUUAUUAUAUUGUUUUCUUUGUAAUGGAUUUUUGGGGUAUAGUAUUGUUUCCUUGUUUUCAAUGAUGAUGUGAUAGAUUUUGGAGCAUCACUAUCA